AUGCCGUUGUUCAGGCUCAAGACGUUCUUCCCCCUGAUAGCCAUCUGCUGCAUCGGUUUCUUCUUCUGGUGCAUGGAACGCUUCGAUCAGGCCGCCUUCCUGCGAUUCAAACAACCCUCCGGUGCCUCCUCCGCUGCCGGUGGUCAGAUCCGGCUUGCAGCCGGCCAGCAGCUCGCCAAACACUGUCCCGCCGAUCCGGCCGUCGCCGCCCCCCUGCCCUUCAACGAAUGGCUCAGCCGCAAGAACUACACCCGCGCCUACUUCCGCCCGCGCCAUGUCGACUCGCAGACCACCUUCAGCUCGCUCGAGGACAUCGAUGGGCCCGUCCUGCCCCCCUUCACCACCCUGGAACGCGGCAUGGUCGUCUCCGCCGAGAACGGCGAUCACACCGUGCCCUGCCCGCGCGUCAUCGAUGUCGACGUCGCCGCCGACUCCGACAUUGAGGAGACCUCCAAGCUGCUCUUCGGUCUGGCCACCACCGUCGACCGCCUCGACCGUCUGCUGCCCUCGCUUCUCUACUCCUACGGCGACAGCAAGGCCGGCAUCGUCGUCCUCGUCCCCGACUCCGAUGACGACACCGACGCCCAGGAACUCUACUUCCGCAGCCGCGGCCUCGACCUGCGCAUCCGCAAGUCCCCCCUCGAGUUCACCGCCCGCUACUUCGGCCUCGUCGAGGCCUUUGCCGACAUCAUCCGCACCGAGCGCCCCUGGACCACCUGGGUCAGCUUCAUCGACGACGACACCUUCUGGCCCUCCCUCGCCACCGUCGCCGAGGAGCUGAAGCUCUUCGACGUCAACAAGCGCCACUACAUCGGCGCCCUGUCCGAGGCCAGCUGGCAGGUGCAGACCUUCGGCCACAUCGCCUUUGGCGGCGCCGGCGUCUUCGUCUCCAAGCCCCUGCUCGACGUCCUCGACACCUACUACGACGAGUGCCAGUCCUGGGGCGAGCAGCCGGGCGACCAGAAGCUCGGCCAGUGCAUCCAACGCUUCGGCGAUGCCCCGCUCACCCUCUGGCCCUCGCUCUACCAGAUGGACAUGAAGGGCGAGAUCGACGGUGUCUACGAGUCCGGCCGCAAGAUCGAGUCGCUCCACCACUGGAACAGCUGGUACCUCCAGGACGUCGUCAAGAUGAGCACCGUCGCCGCCGCCGCGGGCCGCCGCUCCGUCCUCCGCCGCUGGGUCUUUGACCAGCAGGAGAUCCCCAACAACAUCACAGGCAAAUCCGUCCGCACCUUCUGGGUCAUGACCAACGGCUACUCCCUCGUCAAGUACACCUACGGCGAGGACACCCCCAACGAUGCCAUCGACUUUGACCACACUGAGAAGACCUGGGAAGAGGAUCCCCGCGGCUACGAGGACCGCCUGGGUCCUCUGCGCGACAAGGAGCAGGAAGGUGUCAUCAAGGAGCGCUGGCUGCUCAAGGAUGCCUACGUGGUCGGUCCCAACGUCCACCAGUUCUAUACCCGGGACUACGAAGACGGCCGCAGUGUCAUCGAGAUUGUCUGGCUGGGGCCGGCGAACGGUGGAGGAGCCGGUGUUGGUGGUACCGCCAGUUAA